AUGCUACUAGCGCCUAUCCAUCAUGGAUUAAGGGGAGCUACAGUCCACAUUUUAAAGAAAAGAUGGACUACACUCUUCAGAAAUCUGAGUUCCUGUGAUGGAGUCCCUCCAACACUGGUUGAUGCGGAAACUAUUUUUGCAUUAUCAUCAGGGCAUGGCAAGUGCGGGGUUGCUGUGGUACGGAUCAGUGGACCCUCAUCUGCUACAGCCCUCAGCAGUAUGGCUGGCCUCACACGCAACCUGCCCAUUCCUCGUAAAGCAUUGUUAAGAAGCAUCACACAUCCCCAGUCCAAAGAAGUGCUGGACCGUGGGCUUGUUCUUUGGUUCCCAGCUCCUCACAGUUUCACAGGAGAGGACAGUGUCGAGUUUCACAUCCAUGGAGGUCCUGCUGUUACUGCUGCUGUCCUUCAGGCACUAGGAAGUGUGCCGGGCAUGAGGCCUGCUGAGUCUGGGGAGUUCACGCGAAGAGCCUUUCAAGCAGGCAAACUUGGCCUAACGGAGGUGGAGGGCCUUGGCGAUCUUAUCCACGCUGAGACUGAAGCUCAGAGGAGACAGGCAUUAAGACAAAUGUCAGGAGAACUUGGCCGUCUCUAUCAGAACUGGAGUCACAAACUGAAACGGUGUCUUGCCCAUGUUGAGGCCUUCAUAGACUUUAGUGAAGAUGAGCUGAUUGAAGAUGGAGUCUUAACCCGCGUGAAUGGAAUGGUGCAUCAUCUGCAAGCUGAAAUGGCGCAACACCUGCUUGAUGAGAGGAGAGGCGAGCGGCUACGUAGUGGUGUGCAGGUGGUCAUCGCGGGAGCUACCAAUGCUGGAAAAAGCAGCCUCCUCAACACGCUUUGCCAGAGACCUGCAGCCAUUGUGUCUCCCAUUGCUGGAACCACCAGGGAUGUGGUGGAGACUGCUCUGGAUAUCGGUGGCUUUCCCGUUCUCUUGAGUGACACAGCGGGCCUCAGAGACAGUUUGGACCUGGUAGAGAGAGAGGGCGUCCGUCGAGCUCGUGAAAGAAUUGAGCAAGCAGAUCUGACUCUGGUGGUUGUGGAUUGUUCUCAUAUCCCCACUGAGUUCCAGCAAGCUGCAACCUUCCUUCAGGACUAUCUCAGAAGUGUCGUGCUCACUCAGGAGCAGAUGCAAACAGUAUUACCAUCUGACAGGUUCCUUCUGGUCCUGAAUAAAGUGGACUUACUGCCUGAUGAACAUAGGCAAAUGCUGAAACAGAAAUUCGGGUGCAUCCCUGCACUCCCUCCUGUCUGUGUAAUAUCUUGUCACACUAAUGAGGGACUUCAACACUUCCUCACAACACUGCACAGCAGAGUCAAGUCUUUGUGUGGCGACCCUCUGUCUGGUGCCCCUACCCUGACCCAAGCACGCCACAGGGCCCACCUACAGCAAUGUGUUGCAGCACUGGAUCAGUACCAGCGAUACCGUGACUUUGACCUCGCUCUGGCGGCGGAGGGCAUUCGCUUAGCUCUCACCAGCCUGGGCCGGAUCACUGGCAAGGUCGGACCAGAGGAGAUCCUGGAUAUUAUCUUCAAAGACUUCUGCAUUGGCAAAUAG